UCGGCAUCUAGUUUCGUUUCAGCUGCUCUCACGAGUGCGUCAACCGGUGGGCAUUCGAUCUCGAGCUGGCUUCAAUUUAUAAAAGCUUCGCCGCAACAACUAAAUAGGAAGCGAGUAAUUACUUGGAUCGUACUAGGGUCUCUGUACGCGCUGUGCAUAUUAGAGUGGCUCAAAAUGUUCAAAUACAAUAUUUCGAGUCGAAAAUUAUCCGAGCUGUGUACUAAAGUGAAUGCUAUUAUGAAAUCGUAGUAAAUGCAACAUAUAUGGACCUAUGUAAAUAUGUAUGAUUCAAGUUCGCCUAUAUGAGUACGUAUGCUACGUACAGGCUUAUAUACAAAUGGGCGUAACAUCGCAUAUUUCAUUUAUGAGUGCCUUCGGCUCGUGCAUCGAAUGCAAAUUAAUUAAUAAAUCGUAUAUUUGCACAAUAGAGAACAUUAGCAAUCAAAUAAACAGUCAAUAAAAAUGUACAAACUGAUAAAUACCUGCGAGCGCAAUUCCCAAUAUUUACCCAAGUGAUUUAAUAAAAAUAAUUUAUUUAAAUACGUUUCUCUUGCACACACUUGUUUCAAGAUAUAUGGGCAACGUUACGCAUGUCAUGUCAUUAUUUAUUUAUUUUCUAUUCUAUCCCCGAAGAUCGCAGUGCUGAAUAUAACAAUAUCUAUAAGUCUACACAGACAAAAGUUCGUUUUGAGAUUAGUAAACUAAAGCGUUAUAUAUUAAAAAGAUAAGAAAAUCAUUUAUUAUUCACUGGAACUAGGAAAAGCUGAAUUCAAUUUGCGUUUGUGAUUUAAUUACUAUAAAAUGACUUUAUACUUAAUUGGACUGUUGUUGCUCGUGCUUACCACAAAUGGCAAAGUGCAACAGGAGUCGAACAGAAUUCGCCGAGAUGCGGAUGGCAAGGAAGAUCCGAAGAGCAGUUUCGAAAAGGAUGACGUCGGCUGGACUAACAUCGAUGCCGAAGUGGACGUAGUGACGCCCAUGGUGCUAGCCCAUCUUCAAAAACUGGGCAUAGCACAUCUCGAGCUGCCAGACAUGAAAGAGAGUAUUUCAAUUAAGCCGUUCUUCAUCACUUACGAGGCCGGGCUACACCUAACUAAUGGAAUCGUUUACAACCUGGCUGGAAUACAAAGACACAACAAUGCAUUCAUGACCUAUGAGGGCAAAUCGUUCCUGAGUAAAUUUUAUUUGAAAAUUAAUAAGCUUCAGUUCGAAUAUAACUUCUUGCUGAAGCUGAUGGCUAUCGAGGGUUACGGAAAGGUAAUUGGCUCAUUGGAUGAUACGAUCAUUUAUGCCGAGCUCGCUGUCAAUGUGAUUAGUUCGAAACUUCAUCUGCACGACUUCCGUAUCAUUGAAUUCAGCAAUAUUCAUGUACAAUUGGAUCAGGCUCGCUUAAUUCGUGAAUUUACUGGACUUAUUUUAAGCCCAAUAACGAAUCUGUUCAAGGAUCGAAUCACAACAUCUAUUGCUGACGGGCUUAAGGCACAAAUGCAAACCGUUAUGGACGAUUUCAACAACGAGGAUCCUUUGGAGCUUCGUAAAUUUACAAAAAAACUCAUUUCCAGUAUAACAGGUUCUUCAGCAGAGUCGACGGAGCAAGGAUAGUUUUACGAACAAUCAUAGAAAGUAACCGGACUGGGAAUAUAAGUUAUUUUAUUUUAUCAUCUAUUAAAUGUGUUUUCAUUUGACUGAAACUCUGUUGACCUGCCUCGACAAGUCUAUCUAAAGAAACCUUUGAAUAGUUUACUCCUUCCUUCCCGGCUCAAUCGAGUUUUGUGUUAAAAUAAAAUUGAUUUG